UCCCGCGACGCUCACCAGUGAUGGAUGCUGGCAAUGAAGACGCUCGUGCUGCGUCGUCCAGCGAACCCUCGGACCUCAUACUCAUGCUCAGGUCUGGCGCGAGUGCCUCGCCGGCUGCGAACGACAGGCUCGAGGACGAGAUCGCGGCCAUCCGAGCCAAAGCGAAUGUCAUUGCGGUACAGAUAGAGCAGCUCCAGCGGGAACAUGACGCGCUUCAGGAAGAGAUUCAGCGUCGCGAGUCCCUGCUCAGGGCGCCUAUCCGCCGCCUACCCGCAGAGCUGCUCACAGAAGUCUUUCUCUACCUCUGGCCUGACAGGCACGACGUAGUGUCUCUCUGGAAGACUUGGGUCAACCUCUACACCUAUCUGGCGGCAGAAGAAGAGGAAGCCGCACCUCUGUUCCCGUCCUGGAAUGUGUUCGCGCCCCCGCAUGUAUGCGCCUGGUGGCGUAAGAUAUCAUUCUGCGCUCAUGAAAUGCGUCCAGCUAUCGCGAUCAGACUAUCGUGGGCUGAGGGCGCUGCAAGCACGGUCAAUCAGCGGGCGGGUCGAUAUCUUCGCGAUGUCAUUCACCCUUCUCUUGUCUUCUAUACACCACACAAUGGUAACAGCCUUUCGCUUUCGUCCUGGGGAUGGAGCGAUGUCGUCCAGCCGCUCAUAGAAUAUGGGGCGGAUUGCGAAGACCUCACUUUCGCCGUCUCUUGGCCAAUCCUGAAGCGUAUAGCCACUUCCUUGGAGCUACCGCGACUCAGGAAAUUGUUUCUAAAUAUCAACAAAUGCUACUUGGCCGGGGAAGACCGUCAUUAUGAGUACGCCUGGGAAUCAAACACUCGUUGUCGAUUCUUCGAGCGCUCUCCAGCCCUCACCCACCUCACAAUCCGCGACUUUCGAUCUGGGUUUGGCAUGGGUCUACCCUUCGUCCUUCCUUGGAAGCAGCUAACAGAGCUGACACUAUUCGGUGGGAUGCCCCUGGUAUAUCAAGAAUUUCUGCAGCACUGCUCCGCCUUGCAGAUCAUCCACUUCUAUCCUGGCGACAAUGACGGCUUCGCAGAUCGGCGCCUUGUCGUGUGCUUGCCCCAUUUGUGGAAGCUGGCGUCGCGCUGCGACCUCGCCUCUCUGUCACUCGCCUGCAAUUCAACUGGAGAGACCGUAGGAAUCGAGGAAAUCUCGGAGCUCGUCGGUUUGGCACCCAACCUAUCUUCCCUCAGUAUCGAACACGCCCCUGUGUCCCAGAACCGUCGUAAUUCGUGGUCGACAGAGCCAAAGCCGGAUUAUGAGGCAUUCGUGGACGGUAUAGUUGACCUGCUACCGCCCAUUCCCCAUGACGGCCCUGGAUGGUGGUUCAGGGACGACGCUCGCAUGCAUUGCACCCCAAAGGCCUUCUCUUUGAGGUCCUUCAGUUGGUGUUGCAGAGAGCGCGACAAAUCCGGCGCGCGCUAUAUGCUACUUGCCAUGGCCUCGACUGCGACCUCGUUGUCCCGGAACAAAGUCCAUCUCAUGACGCCGUUGCGCCCCUACCAAGUCGAAAGCAUCCGACAGGACGAGCACUUCUCGGAAGUCCUCGAUAUCUACGGGCUGGACGACUGUCUUCAACUCUACGAGGCCCUACCUCUCAAGCGACCCGAAUCCCCUUAUGAUCUGUUUUCUCAGCGGGACGAGUGCAUGCCCCCCGUGUUGCAUUGAAGAACUGACCUGGUGAGGAGCAUCGACAUUGCCUCGGGGGCUUCUCACACCUUCAAUGCACCACAGGGUUGUAACAAGCAUGCAAUUCCUAGUAGCUAUAGAAGGCGCAUCGCUC